AUGCUUCCCCGUGGAGCCUGCUCUGGGAACACUGCAACAACUCGUUCACAGUGGUGCAAUUUCGACAUCAACACAAACUACUACGACGAAGUUCCCGAUACUGGCGUCGUGAAGGAGUACACCUUUGACUUGGUCCAAAUCACUGCUGCACCAGAUGGCUUUCCGCGUACCGUGUAUGCCUUUAACGGCGUGGUGCCCGGACCAACUAUUGAGGCCGACUGGGGCGACACUGUCGUGGUUCGUAUCAACAACAAUCUUACGCUGUCGAAGAAUGGUACAUCGGUUCAUUUUCACGGCAUUCGUCAAAACUACACCAACCAAAUGGACGGUGUAACGGCCAUUACACAAUGCCCAAUCUAUGCGGGUGGAUCAACGACUUACACCUGGCGCGCCACACAGUACGGCACUUCGUGGUAUCAUUCGCACAUUGGUCUACAAGCCUGGGAUGGUGCCGCUGGUGCUAUUAAAAUCAAUGGCCCGGCAACUGCAAACUACGAUAUUGACAUAGGUCCUAUUUUGUUAUCGGACUGGACGCAUCGGACCGCGGAUGAGCUCUACUCCUCGGCGUUGUUAGUUGGACCGCCGUCCUUAGACAACGGCCUCAUUAACGGUACCAACAUAUGGAACAACUCUGGAACCCUCGUUGGCUAUCGAUUCAACACUUCAUUCACAGCAGACAAAUCGCACCGACUAAGGUUAAUUAAUGGCGCCAUUGAUACACAGUUCAAAUUCACCAUUGACAAUCAUACGAUGACUGUCAUCGCAGCCGACUUUGUGCCCAUUGUGCCGUAUAAUACCACGAUCUUGAACAUUGGCAUGGGUGAAAGAUACGACAUCGUUGUCAGAGCAGAUCAGCAAUCUGUGGCCGAUAAUUUCUGGAUGCGUGCUAUCCCGCAGAAGUCUUGCGCUGGUGGCAGAAAUCCCAGCGACGUCCGUGGCAUAGUAUACUAUAGGGACGAGCCAUCAGAACCAACUACCUCGGGGUAUCCUUACGUCGACGCGUGUGUUGAUGAGCCAGUGGCAAGCUUGAUCCCCCAGGUGGCGCUCAGCGCUGGCACACAAGACCAGUCCGAUCAGGAAGCAGUAAGUCUUACACCCAGCAAUAAUGAAGGUGUCGUCCUCUGGGCUAUGAAUAAUACAUCAUUCUAUGUCGAUUGGAAGAAUCCUACCCUACUUCAGCUGUACAACAACAACAACAACAACAACAACAACAACAACAACAACAACACUUAUACCAGACGCAACCACGUUAUUUCGUUCGAUCAAGCAGACAGCUGGAUCUAUGUUAUUAUUGAGGCUCAGAAUGCUGUUGCACACCCUAUCCACCUACACGGGCACGACUUCUCCAUCUUGGCACAAGGCUCUAGCACUUUCAACCAGUCGACUGAUCUCUUCAGCCUGACCAAUCCAAUGCGUCGUGAUGUGGCCUUACUUCCUGGUUCCGGGCAUCUGGUGCUGGCUUUUAAAGCGGAUAAUCCCGGUAUUUGGCUGAUGCAUUGUCACAUUGGGUGGCAUGCCAACCAGGGUCUAGCGCUUCAGUUUGUGGAACGGGCAGAAGAAGCACGGGCGCUGAUCGAUUACGAGCUGCUCAACAAGACCUGUGCGGAUUGGGGCACGUAUACUGCGCAGGCUAGCGUUACGCAAGGAAGAUAUGAUGACGGCAUAUAA